UGCCUCAUCCAACACACACAAUCAAUCUAACCACCCUAAUUCCUUCUUUUGUCAUCGCUUCUAUGGCUCUCCAAAACGGUGGAAAGACCGAGGGUGAGCACGAAUCCGUUCCUUUUUCAAAGCCGAAAGGUCGGUGGCUUCUGCUGACGGUAAGGAUAGUUGCAUUUCUGGCUACAGCAUCAGCGACGAUCGUGAUGGCGCUCAACAAAGAGACUAAGACACUAGUGGUGGCCACAAUUGGGAGCACUCCGAUAACGCUCACCCUUACCGCAAAGUUUCAGCAUACCCCAGCAUUCGUGUUCUUCGUUAUAGCAAAUGCAAAUGCUAGUUUCCACAACCUAUUGAUGAUAUUGGUGGAAAUUUGUGGAAAUAAGCUUGACUACAAGGGUCUGCGUCUAGUGCUCGUUGCGGUUUUUGACAUGAUGGCGGUGGUUCUAGCAUCGGCUGGCGAUGGAGCAGCGACGUUCAUGGCAGAGCUUGGCAAGCGCGGUAAUUCGCAUGCCCGGUGGAACAAAAUCUGUGACAAAUUCGAUUCCUACUGCGAUCGGGGCGGCUGGGCCCUCAUUGCUUCCUAUAUUGGGCUGAGCCUCCUGACGCUCAUAUCUGCCUUGUCCAUGAUCCGGCUCAUGAAGCCCAAACCUGCUAAUCAGCCAACAACAAUCCCGUAGUAGCUAGGAAAAUCAACUCCUUCCCGAAACCUUUACGCUCUAUGAUCAGUAAGCAAGAUAGAUAAGUUAAGCAUGUCGUGUGUGACUUAUGUUCGAUAUAAUAAUAAUUAAAUGGGUAGAUGAGUUAAAACAUGUCGUGUGUGACUUCUGUUUGAUGAAAUGAGCUUCUCUCUGUUUUUUUUUUUCUUUAGGUAUCUUUAUUAUGUCACGUGACAUCCUGUUGUCUUACUUCUGUCCUUUUGUAUGUGAUGAAACCCGAGUUUCAAUACCGCUACCCCCCGUUCUUCUUGGACGUAAA